AUGGCUUUUCGCAAGCGUAACGUCACAGUCGGAAGCAGUCUCGCAAGCGCAUCGACGGUUAUCGAAUCAACGAGUGGAAUUCCAACGUCUGGCGUGCGUCCGUCGCCGUUGACUUCACAGCCAGUCACCUCGACUGGAGCACCGUCACUGGAUGGCCUGCUGGGCGGACAUGCAGGCCUUGCACUCGGCUCGAGUUUGCUUGUAGAAGAAAGUGGUUCGACGGACUUCUCUGGAGCGUUGCUGCGAUACUUUGCGGCGGAGGGCAUUUGCCAAGGGCAUAACGUGCACAUUGUAGGCGCCGGCGAACAAUGGGUCAGAGAAUUACCAGGCGUAUCAGACGACAAGGGCCGGGAUAAGCAUGCAAAGGUAGCCGAAGAAGAGAAGAUGAAGAUUGCAUGGCGAUACGAGAGGCUGGGCCAAGCCGGAGAAAGAGCACUCCCUGAUCGUGGCUCGUCUACCACAGCACUUGGAGGCACUCAGGUCACACCGUUCUGCCACACGUUCGACCUCACCAAGCGUCUAGUUGCCCCACCAGAUGCAAAGAUCAGCUACAUCGCCAUAUCGCCAUCCGCAACUUUCGACAGCAUACUUCAAUCAAUAUCUCGGAGUCUUGAUGCCUCGUCGCCAAACACAGUUCACAGAUUGAUCAUGCCAUCCAUGCUCAGCCCAGCUCUGUACCCACCGACUGCAGGCCGGCCAGAGCACCUACUAGGCUUCUUCCGAUCUCUACGCGCACUGCUACGGCAACACAGUGGCCGCCUGGUUGCGAUGAUCACUCUGCCGCUCGAACUGUAUCCGCGCAAUACGGCAUUGGUGCGCUGGGCAGAGAGCUUGAGUGACGGCGUCUUCGAGCUCACUCCUUUCCCACAUCUCAUGGACGCAUCGAAUGCUUUGGCCGAAAGUGGUGGUGCCAGAAGCGGUGACGAGCAGCCGCAAGGUAUGGUCAAGAUCCACAAGCUCCCCAUCAACACUGAACGCGGUGAGGGUGGUGCAGGGGCUGGAAAUAGCCUGGGCGAAGAUCUUGCAUUUACAGUCAGCCGCAGAAAGUUUGUGAUCAAGCCAUUCUCUCUGCCACCACUGGAGGGCGAUCAAGAAGCACAACAGGAAGCGGGUAAACUUACUGCCAAGGACAUUGAGUUUUGA